AUGCCAUCAAACAGCAGUGUGGCUGGAGCAGCUGUUAUCUUUGUACUGGGUCUUCACUGGGAUCUUUACUGGAACACGGUGCUCACAGAGGAACCCGGGCGUUACGGGGAUAUUCUACAGCUGUUCAUUCCGGACACCUACCGGAACCUGCCGGAAAAGAUACUGCUGGGCUUUAACUGGGUGAUGGACUCCAUUCCACGUAUAAAGUAUGUGGUCAAAUCAGACGACAAUGUGUACUUCCACCUGCCCAGUGUGUUCUCUGUGGUGAGAAAUCUCUCAGUGGACGUUAUUGUUGGUGCUUAUAACCCCCAGUCUAUCGUUUCCCGGAACAUUAAAGACGAGUGGGGUGUGUCUAAGGGCUUCUUUCCGCCGGACUAUUUCCCGCCUUAG